AUGACAAGAGCCGUGAAGAGUAACGGGUGCGAGGUUGUCUCGGUGGCUUUGGCUGUCGUCUUUAUUCGAACGGAGGAAGGGAUGGAGGAAGGAGUGGUUGUGAAGGAAGAUCCCGCGACGUUGUUCAAGUUACUGGUUCGCAGCCGUGACGAAGAGAGUUACAGAGUUUUAAUUAGAGAUGGCGAGCUUUCUUGGGUGGACCAAGCUCGGGAUGCGCCUAAGGGCUACGCAGGGGACAUAGAGCCGGUUCGGCAGAGGUUACUGGAGGCCGCGAAGACGCACCGAUCGCUAUUGCUCCUACGCCACGACCUACUAGCCGAGCUGGGAUGCAAGAUUCACCACGCGAAGGAAGUCCACGACGUACCUACACGAAUUUGGCGAGAGGUCUCCGACAACGGGAACACAUAUCGUAUCCGCUUCCGCGAUCCAGGGCCGUCACUACUCGCACACCCGGACGACCUCUGGUGGGACGCGUUCCUGGACUCCUGGUCCCGCUGGAUGACCUCCGAAGACCCUGACAACCCACCCUGGUGGCGACUCGCCGCCGACGAGCCUCCUCAGUGA